AUCAAAUGUUCAGGUACAAAAACGAGUUGCACGACUGCAAAUAAAUGUGUGCAUGGUCAUGUAAUGCCUGUCGUGAGCGGUUGCUUAAAUAAGGCGGGUGCUGUCAUCGUGAUCAGUCUUCGAACAUGUUUUCGUGUUUGACUGCUACCGUCGUGGCUUUGUUGCUGGUGAGCCAUGUGGCUGAUCCGGUCGUAUCAACGCCUGCCAGAGAGGUCAGGAACGUUCUGGGAGACGCAUUCGGAGCGGUCCUAGGAGCAGCUUCCGGUGUAGGGACUGCACUUUCAAAUCAAGCGAGAAAAACCCAAUUCAGCAAGUGUCUGCAGUCGUCUGCGAACCAAGUCCCUCAGGGCAAUGAGAUCCUCGUCAAGUAUCUGUUCCACAACCUGCGAACUUGCGUGGACACCAAGCAGUCUGCUAAAGAAGCCUCGGCUUGUUACGCAUCGGUCAACAGCGUGCCGGCAAAUCAAGUUUUCGCUAGCCACGUCAUUUCUUGUAUGGGGCUGAAGUAAGCGUGAAACGGGGAACCCACGCACCGGCGAAAGCGUUGCAAGAGCACCUCUUUAACAAUUACCUUUCCCCUUCUGUUGUCAUUAGAAUCUCGUUGCGUCUACAAAUCAAAUAAAAACGGAACGGACAAUAUUGUAAUGUGAAA